UGAACGAGAAAAACACCUGCGGCGAAUUCAUAUAACUUCACAAUUAUUCGAUUUCUCUCUGACACACGCUAUACCCAUGUGGUAAUCAAAAAUGUUAUUAUUACCGACAACAUGCCAUCUCUUUUGCACUCAUAACCAAAAGGAAUCCUUCGCUUUAACAGCAAACGGUCAAAACGAGCCAGACUAGUUUGUGAAGCGAUUUCGGUCGUAUUUCCAUCGUUGUCGUUUUCUCCAUAAUUGCGUUAUUUUUUCGCAAUUCGUGAGAUUGUGUACACUAUUGCGAAGUGUACAGAAUGACAAUUCUAUGGGUUGUUUAUUGUGAAUGAGUGAAAUCGUGUACAUGCGAACAAAACAUUAUUAAGAAUUUUAUGUGAGAAAUACUUGUAGACGAAAAUUGUUCGGCGUUUCCCACACAAGUACCCUGCAGUAGCAGCCACAGUCGCAGCCGCAGUUUCGCCCCUCGAGCGUCUUGCGUAGCAUUUCGCACAGCUGCUAUGAAAUAGUGUUAUCUCGUUCCGUACUAUGCACUCGAUGCUUAUGAAUGUGAAGAACUAUUCACAUAUUCGGUAUUAAAAACAUUACAGUGUACUCGUUCCGAUGCGCAGUCACAAUAUAUUUGGUGGUUUUCUGUGCCUCUGUGCAUCAUCUCGUAUAAAAGUGUGUGAUAUGUGCAUGCGUGCGUGCGAAAACGUAAGAAAUAGACAUUACGAACAAACAUCGCGAGUGAAUUGAUGCUCAUCCAGAGAACGUGAAGUACUUUACAUUCUCUGGCUCAUCUGUUUAUUUGUUUUCAUUUUCAUAAACAGUGGCGUGAAUAAAAGAGUGCUACUAUAAUGGAGUCGCCAUUGACGUGAGCGAGCGGGACUGUGAAGAAAUUUCAAUCACGGAACAUUGUGAGCAAUGGAACAAUAUAUUUGAAAGUAAAACCAGAUAUGUUACUCAAAUGUUGAUAUUAUAAAGACUUAGUACAUUAAAUCAUUGGAUUUAAAUAGCAGAGUAAAUAAUGAUUUCAUUAACAAAUUGAAGAGCAAAACAAACCAAAAAAGCUAAAGAAAACGGUUAAUAAGCAAUUAAUACAAAAAGGGAAGCAGUUGUUAUAGUAUAAAAAAGCAAUUGAAUAAAAUCAGACAGUUUGUCAAAAAUUGGUAAAAGAAUAUCGUGUAAUUUGAAGGAAGUUGGUGCACAAGAAAAAGAAGAAGGAAACUACGUAAGAAAGCGUAUACGUAAAACGGUUGUGGAGCGCAAAUUCACUCCUGGCUCAAUAGCACCUUCAAAGGUUAAAUAAAAAGACAACUACAAAGGAAACGGCAUACCUCUAAUAAUUUAAUAAAAAUAUAUAAACCCGAACAAAUCUGAAGGAUACAUAAAUAUGUAUUUUAAAAUACUGAAUAAAAUAUAAAAAUUACUUAAUCAAAAGAGGCGAAAAGUGAAAAGCGCAAACUAGAGGCAAUGUGACUAUACUGUGCUACCUACCCACCAUAAUUUGUUAGCAUUAGUAAAAAUACCUUCUACUAUUAAAAACAUCCUAACAAAGAAACAACAGUUGUGGUAAUUAUUCUUCAGACUUGCCACUAUGCCAGCGCUACCACACGAAAAAACUAAGCGAGAAACAUUAAACAAAAAUAUAGUUUCAAUAGUCAGUGUCAUUUCUAAAAUGCCAAGAUAUAAUAACUUUCAUUUAACUGAGUAAAAUCAUCUAUGUACUCCCAUAAGAGUGAAAUCCUUCUGACUGUAUUUUCCGCGCCAUUUAAUUAUUAACUUGUUGAUUUGUAAAUUAAUUAAUACACGUUUAAAACAAGAAAUAUAGAAAGAGUUGCAAACACUACGUCAUUCCUAUAGACUGAAGUAAAUCCUCUGAUUAUUAUAAUAAAACUUAUGCUUGAGUCGAUGUGUUAAAUUCAAGACAAAUAGCCGACUGAUUUAAUGCACAAUUCGACAAAAUUGAAUUUAAUUUGAAUGUCGUCGGUGAUUAGGUUUUACUGUAAUAGGAAGGACUUACUGGCACCAUGCAAAGCUUGGAUUCAUCAUGUCAAGAAGCUGAUUUUAUAAUAAAUGACACGCUUAAAAAGCUUAAAGGCUCCAAUACUAGCAUAAAUAGUAACAGUAAUUCAACAACUUCAGCUUUAACAUCUUUGAAUUCAAGCGGAAGCAGCAGCAGCAGCAUACUAAGGCAUCAACAUCCUCACCAGCAACUAAUCUAUCAACAACAUUCUUCUCUUCCUCAACAAACCAAGCAGCCACAGUACUCGCAUUAUCAGCACUUACAGAGCGCACUGCAGUGUCCUGCACCGUCACCGCAACCACAACAGCUCACAACACCACCGCCACCACCAGCACCAUUGAGCAGCGUUACAUUUCCCACGAAAAGUUCGUUGCUUGACUCCAGUCUGCUACAUUGUAACAUCACACAAAUUCCUAGCCAACCGCCGUAUUGUAUUUUCGACGAUGGAACUGAAUCGCCCAGUGAAGUUCCGCCUGCUGAAAUACUCGCAACUAGUAGUAGCAGUAGUGUUGGUGGUGGCAGCGGUAAUAUCGGUAGCUUGGACGGAAUUGUUCUACUCGCAGAGCCAUCGGCCACAACAUCAACGCAUGCAAAUACUUCGUCUGCGGUGCCAUCUCCAUCAUCAUGCUCAUCAUCUACAAAUCUUUCCAACUUUAAUUCGAUCACUUCACCAUCGCCGGUAGUGCCCGAUUUAUUGUUAUCAACACCGCCGGGCGUAAAUUCCUCAUCAUCACUUGGCGAUUCAACUGCUAAUACCAGUUAUGGUGGCAUCGGAACAAAUGCAUUUCUAACAUCUUUAACGCAGUCAUCACAAUUUUCUACAACAACAGCAACGCAUCAUAGCAACAAUAAUAAUAUUACAAUAACCAGUAAUAACAAUAACAAAAAGGCUGAUAAACGUCCUUCCGCGUCUUUUAGUACUCAACAGCAACAACAACAGCACAGCAAUCAUUCACACCAUCACCAACACCAUUACCAGCAAUCAUCGACGCAUCAUCAUCCACCGCAGCAUUUGUUAAAUAUAUCGUCGCCAUUGGCAGGUGCGAUCGCAUCUUCAUCGCCCACCUCUUCGCCUAGUAAGCGGCAGAAAAUUUCUAAAGAUGCAACAAGCCGAUCAUCACCAUCAACAUCAACGACGCGUGCGUCAACUAACAAACGCGAUGGCAACAACACUGUCCCAACUAAUAGCACAACAACAACAACAUCUGGUGCUAGUGGAACAAUAUCGGCGACAGGGUCAUCUAAGUUUUUCAACAUACAUGAUAAGAUUCGAGAAAAUUAUUUGCAAUUGCUGGCUAACGAUUUAAAUGCGUUUACGGAAACUGGGCUCAAGCAGCGUUCACGUGCUUUUGUUUUGGAACGUUUAGUAGAGAGCGAAAAAUUAAACACUAUCGUUGUAAACCUAUACCCUGGUAAUAAAGGAUACUCAUUAGCAUUACAUUAUGAUGAGCGGCAGUUGUUGACAGCUAACGGUGAAUUAGUGCAUGGUGGCGAGGCGUCCGGCAAUGUACCGGGCGUUAGCGGUACUGAAAGCGGGCUAGUUGGCAUGGGUAUCAGCUCCUCUGCCAACAUAUAUAGAGGUGCUUCUAGUCGGAAUACAUGUAGCAGUAACAGUAGUAGUAAAAUGAGUUUGGCCUCCAUACCGCCAGAUUUAAAGUGCGGCACCGACUUCGAUAGUACAGCUGAAUUAAAGCUGAAAGCAGCCGGUAGGGCUGAUGAUAAUAGCCAACAACAUGAGUACGCUUUAAUCGAAGUAUUGCGUUGGCCCUACGAGAACGAUCAGUUGUUGCAGUGCAUCGAUCGUGAGGUAAUACCGGACUUUCUAGUUGACAUGUUGAAUGCACCUAGCCUCACACUGAACGCUUCUCAAGAUGAUAGCGAACCCCGUACCUACGCUAAGCCAAAUGUAUUUUACGCUGGCUGCGUGAUUGCGCAAAUACGCGAUUUUCGACAAACCUUCGCUAUAUCGACGAAUAUCUGUGAUACGAAACACGUCCUCCUGCGGCCCACAAAUGCUACCAUUUUUUCUGAUAUCCAGCACUUGGCAAGCACAACGAAUAUGAGCAUAAAUCCAACAAUACCCUCAAUGGUUGGUGCAGCAAUUUGUGGCGCAGAGGACAAAUUACAACUAGAAAGUCAGUUAGUGUUGGCCACUGCGGAACCGUUGUGUCUAGAUCCCGAUCCUAAUAUUGGGCGUUUCGCCAUCAAUGCACAGAAUGCACGUCAACUAUUUAAUACACACGAGUUGCGGCGACAAAUGAAGAAGUAUACACAGAUAUCGAUAAAUCGAAAACGGAAAUUGGAUCAGUUCACACAUCAUUACGGACUGGAGUUGUGUGAUUAUUUGACGCGUUUACGCGCCAAACCACGUACCAGUAGUAGUGCAAAUGCCAAUACUACAGCGGCAACAGCACCCAGCAAUAAUCCAUUGGUGAGUGCCAUGCUCACGUCAUUCUCGUCGAAAGUGCCACGUCGUCCGCGUGACGUCAUACGACCUAUUCGACCGCCACGUCUAGAGUAUCCAGCGAAUCUAAAGGUGCCCGAGCAGCUAAUAAGUGUGGAAAAGUAUGCCAAAACGUACGAACGGCCACGCGAAACCACGGAUUGCCAGCCGCAACUGAUCGAGGAGUAUGUGCUGGAAACCGAACGCGAAGAAAAUGCUGGACGUCGUGUGAUAUAUCACAUAAAACUUUCGAUUUUCCAACGACCCUCAAAUUCUGAGUACCUGGGUGAGCUGUAUGUUGAUCGUGAUUAUCGUGAGGGGGAACGAAAUGGCGAGUCGUGUCGCUUUUCGUUAGGUACACGCAUACAUGCGAAUCGCUACAUACAGCAAUUCACAGAGAUUUUCACCGAAGAGGGUCGCAAAGCGGUUAAAAUAACGCAUUUGAUGCCGGGCCACUUGCCUAAGGUAACGCAUACGGGGAUAACACCGGAACAACGACAAGCUCUGUUGCUGCAGCAACGGCAAGCUGCUCUAUUAGCAGCACAACAACAGCAACAGCAACAACAGCAUGUGCAACAUACUUCAACCGCAAAUGUGAAUGCUCAACACGUGACCGUUGCAUCAGCAACAGCAGGUGGCAAUCAACAGACGCAGCAGCAGCAGCAGCAACAGCACGUUGUGUUGGUAGGACCGAAUGGACAGCAGCAACACAUAUUGCCCGCUACUGUGCAGCAUAUAAACACUGUCGGUCUACAGCAAGUGUCACAAAGUGUUUGCGGAGUGGGCGGUAGUGUGCAACAGCAACAACAACAGCAACAUAUUGCUAUUACGCCAACCGGCAGCAAUUUGUCGAAGAAUAUCAAUAUUGUCGGUUUAACUGCCAGCAAUGCUGCCGCGGUGCAGCAAGUAUUGCGCCAACAACAAAUGCAGCAGCAGCAACAACAACAGCAGCAGCAGCAGCAAAUUACAACCCAAUUUAUAGAUGCGAACGGCUCAACGAUGCAUGUGCAGACGAGCGGUGUGCAUGCGCAGCAACAGCAGCAACAACAACAGCAAACACAACACAUACAACUACAUUCGGUGGGCGGUAGUAAUGCGCACACUACAACGCAACUCAGUCUCAGCAAUGGUUCUCUAGUGUUAGUGCAACAACAUCCUAUAACGCAAAGUCAACAGCAACAACAAACACAAACUAUACAACAUGCCGGCAUCACUAUACAACCUGCCAACGUGCAACAACAACAACAACAACAGCAGCAGCAACAAAAGACUCAGGUUAUCACGGCGGCUCAAUUGAAUGCCGUUGCUGGUGCAAAUUCAGCACUGCGCACACAACUCAGUUCCAGCGUGCCAAUAUUGCAAGCGCAGCUGAAGGCCGCGCCUUUACUCACUGCACAGCAGCAACAGCAGCUUUUGCAUAAAUCUGCACAACAACAACAACAACAGAGUACUGCCAGUAGUAAUUCCACUACAUUACACACCAAUCCUGAGAUAAAUGCAAUCUUCACAAACAUCAUGAAUAGCGCCAAUCAGUUCCAACAACAAAAACAACAGCAGCAGCAGCAACAACAACAGCAACAGCAGUUGCAGCAAUCCUCAAACAACACUGUGAGCAGCAGCAGCAAUGUAAAGAAUAGCAGCAACGCUUCCAUACGCAGUCUGUUGAAUAGCGCACCUGCUGCCAUGACAAGUACGCCUGUGGCAAGCGGCACUUUCACCACUUCCACUGGCCAACAUCAGACUGUCACAUUGGUGCAACACACAAGUUCGACGCCUCAACAACAGCAACAUCAAAGCAUUGUUAGUGGUGAUAGUUUUGUCCAGGUGACAACACAGCCAACCACUGUCUCAGCGGCAACUACAACCGUGCAACAACGUAAACCAACCAACAAUGAAGUGUUGCAGAAUCUCUUGCAUACUAAUCGCAAAUUCAAUAUCGUCACCAGUGGUGGUAAUAUUGUAACUGCCAGUACUGGGGGUACUACCUUCCGCACUGCAGCCGGCAAUUUGGUUGCUGUCAAUCUGAAUCAAGCAACACAACACCAAAAUCAAACGGAUGGGCAGCAAUCGCAACAACAAACGACCGGCACACAAGCUCAGCAAACACAUCAAACGGUACGCGUUUCAAUGUCGGCACUCGCCUCACAGUUAGCCUCCCCGCCAGCCAUUAUGACAAAUCCAAAUUCGGCAAACUUUGGCUACACUGUGAACACUUUGGGUGGUAAUGGUGGUACAGUGAAUGCAGUUAACGCUGUGAGCGGUACAACCGGCAAUAGUAUCAAAAUACUCAAUAGUGGCGUCCAACAACAGCGUGUGGCAUUGGCAAAUGCAUUGCGACGCGACUCGAGCAAUACGGGUGCACCGCCAAACGCUAUAGUUGUUGGUGUGGCAGCACCUUCGCCGGGCAGUGAUUCGAAUGCAUCGAAUGCUAGUGGUUUCGCCGUGCCACAGCCAACUAGUGCCACCAACUCGGUGGGCACCGCAACCAGUUUGACACUGCUCGGUGCGGCCACACCAUCCCCAUCUGGUUCGGAUCAUUCACAAUCGUCGCAAACGCAAAAUCAAGUAUUGCUUGAGCGUUUGCACAACAAUAGUGCCACUACAGCGACGGCGAUACCGAAUAUGUCGCCACAGCAGCAGCAACAACAGCAAUCACACGCACACACCCAGUAUCUAACGAAAACGCUGGUGCAAUCGCCAGCUGCUGCCUCAUCCAUACACUCACCUAUGUCUAGUCCACAUCCACAGCCAUCACCAUCCCCACAGCAUCAUCAUCAUCAGCAGCAACAGCAACAACAACAACAGCAAUCUACUGCCUCCAAUACUACCACCACAUUGAACUUACAAGGUAUUAAUUUAUUGCAAGGCGCCAUAGCCAAUUUCCCCGGCCUGCAGAACGUACAACUACAAAUACCGGGCUUGGCGCAACCGCUCUCAUUGCAAUUGCAAUCUGCUGUACAACAACAGCCACAACACACAUCACAAACGAAUGCUGCCACUGUAUCGUGUGUAGUUAGCGGCGGCGGUGGCAAUGCUGGUGGUGGUGGUGUCACUGCUUCCUCUAACAACAAUGUUGCUGGUGGCGCCGGUAGCAGUAGUAUGGGUCAACAAACACAUAUACAGCAACGCAGCUUAUUGGUAUCAGUUCCUGUCUCAACACACAGCCAACAGCAACAACAACAGUCGACACAACAGCAGCAUACGAUAACUCUGCAAGCGGCAUCGGGGACGCAGCAAACACAAAAUCAUGUGCAACAUGUUGUACCGCCCACGGGUACGAUUGUUAAUCUGCCAACUGGUGGCACUGCCACAACUGCUGGCACGCAAACUGUAGUGCUAACGAAUACUGCGACAGGUGGCGCAGGUGCUGGUAGCAAUGUGGGAAAUGUAGUGGGUGGUGGAGGCACUACAACAACAAUGCUAACCUUGCCAAUUGCUCAAUUUGUUGGUCCCGGUGUACAAAAACUCAAUCCUCAAACAAUUCGUACCUCAAGUGGUGGUGGUGGUGUUGCAGGUGGCAGCAUAGUUCUUCAGCAGCAACAACAACAGCAAGUGACGCAGCAGCAACAGCAGCAAGGACAUCAAUCGCAACAACAGCAAACAACGACAAUAAAUGUGAGUGGUGUUGCUGCGGGUAGUAGUGCGGCUGGUGGCAGCAGCAUAGUCAGCAGUGGCCAGCAGACGGCAAUUCAAUUGGUCGGCACCAUACAGCAACGGCCGCGCAACAUAGUUGUGGGCACAAAGCAACUGAGCGGCGCACAACGGCAAUUGAUUGCAACGCAAAGGAAUAUAGGCGGUUCCACGCUGAAGAUCGCAACAACGCCAAUAAAUGCAUCGAAUGCGAACACCAUUACAACAACCACAAAUCUAACUGCCACUCCCAUUGUGAUGUCGACGCAAAAAUUGCAGCUGAAAACUAUCAAAACGCCACAGCAACAACAACAGCAGCAACAGCAACAGCAACAUGCGCGCAUAUUAAAUCAAGUGACUGCAACGGCUGCAUCUCAAACGCAAACCACGCACCAGAAUCAACAGCCACAGCAGCAGCAAACGAUUAUAAUAGGUCAGCAUUUAGCCGCGGCGCCAACAACACAGCAAUCACAACAACAACAUAUACAAGUUGCAGGACGCACCGUAACCACAACCGGCAAUGCCAGUCUAAAUCAACAACUAAUUUCGGCAUUAGCCAAGGCUGCCAAACAGCAACACCAACAUCAGCAACAAGCAGCAAAUCGGCGAAGAUCGGCAACUGAUGUAAAUAAAUAAAUACAUAUAUAUAAAUGAAUAGAGUGAACCAACAACAAUUGGGUAGCGACAGUUGGCUGAAGUGUAUGUGUGUGUGUGGUGUGUAUUAGUGUGUGUACGUGUGUAUGUAAAAUGUAUAAUGAAAAAUUAUA